AUGUCGACCUCACCGCCGCAGAAGCGAGCGAGACGAAUGAUAACCAUCCCCCAAGACCUUGCGGCGGCCCUCGGGUUGAAGAGUGGUGGCUCGCCGACGUGCGAAUUGCCCGAGGACGAGCUCGAGGGCCGGAUGGCCCUCGCCGGUCUGUCGUCGCGGUCGGACGUCUUCAACUCCCCGCUUCUGGAAGGUUUCGUCGCGGACGCGCCCGACGUGUUCACCGCGGAGGUGCUCUCGCGGCUCGACGACGGCGACCUCGCGAUGCUCGCGCUCGUGAACCAGAAGAUGCGGAAAGUGGUGUUCACGUCGGUCGGCGAGGUGAGAUUUCCACUGAGACUGAAAAACCAUGUCGGGUCGAUCAGCCAGCUGGCGUGGGCGAAGCGCAUGGGGUGUCCGUGGGACUCGAGAACGUUCGCGAGCAUCGCGAGGGGUGGGAACGUGGAGGUCGCGAGGUGGGCGAAGGAACGAGGAUGCCCGUGGGACGAGAGUACUUGUUCUUCGGCUGCGGCAGCUGGCCACCUGGAGAUGCCGCAGUGGUUGCGAGCGAACGACUGCCCGUGGGACGAGAGCAUUUGCGCCAACGCCGCGUGUGGCGGCCACCUGGAGAUGCUGCAGUGGGCGCGCGCGAACGGCGCCCCGUGGAACGUGUGGACUUGCCGCAAAGCCGCGGAGGGCGGCCACCUGGAGGUGCUGAAAUGGGCGCGCACGAACGGCUGCCCGUGGAACGAGGGGACUUGCGCCGGAGCCGCGCUUGGCGGCCACCUGGAGGUGCUGCAGUGGGCGCGCGCGAACGGCUGCCCGUGGAGCGAGGGGACUUGCAACGGAGCCGCACGUGGCGGCCACCUGGAGGUGUUGCAGUGGGCGCGCGCGAACGACUGCCCGUGGGACGAGUGGACUUGCGCCAACGCCGCGCACGCUUGCGAGGUUGCCGCGGAAGGCGGCCACCUUGAGGUGCUGCAGUGGGCGCGCGCGAACGGCUGCCCGUGGAGCGAGGGGACUUGGUCCUCCUUACGAGAGCGUUGGAGUGGGCUUCUAGAAUCAAGUGCAUUGGAAGGGGAACAGAAAGAAAGGGUGCGGGAGUGGUUCGAAGCGAAUAUCGGUCCGCAGCAUGAGGAUAACGUCCUUUAG